AAAAAAGGAAAAAAAAAAAAAUUUACCAAGAGCCCAACAUCCUCCGCCGUAACCUUUACCACCUUCUUCUUCACCGCCUUCUCGACCUCCCCCGCGUCCGGUUUCUCCUCGGCCUUAGUUUUCUUCACUUCCGCAUCCUUUUUCCCAGUCCCCAUAGCAGCACCUGCACUUGAACCGCCAGCUUUCCCCAUCCCCGCGAUAAUCUCCAACCUGCUCAUCGCCUUACCCAGAGCCUCUUGGUCAGCUGCAGAGGGAACAACCGCUCCCGCGGGGACGUCUCUGUCGUGUUCGGAGGCGGAAGUUUCAUUGGCGGUGUUGAGAGAGGAGAGCGCAGCCGCCGCGGCACGGUCCUCAGCAUUUGUAGGAAGCUCAGAAGCUGAUUCGCCGUUAAUAUUAUUAUCAUCGCUGUUGUUGUGGCUGUCCGGACCAGGCUCCGCAGCUGGAUGGUUCCGACGUUUCGAGGCAGCCAUAGCUAGUCUCAAGUUUAUGUCGCCGGGAAAGGGGGUCUGUACUCCGUAUGGGGGAGGUGGAUUACCGACAACGUAUGUUAUACAUACCUUGGAGGUCGAAGGAAGGAGCGGAACUGCUAAUUUUAACCCCGCCACCAGGCCAGCUUGCUGACUCACCAGGUCAGUCUGGUCAAAGUAUCCACGGCCCAAAUUUUGUUCGAGACAAAUUUUCCCCAACAACCAACGUCUUUUCCUUCGCAAGAAAAUUUGUUAAGAAAUCAUAUAUACGCAGCCCGGUUGAGAGGCUGUGCUCUCUGUCGUAUAUCAGUGUUACGCGGUUGCCAGCGGGUUUUAUAUAUCCGCUUCCAUCACCCCCCGACACUCCUUUUGCUUUCUCCUCGUUGUAGAGUAACAUUAAUGUUACAAAGCUCGAAGCAAUAUUUCGAUCAUUGAUCUUGCGACAUUGAGAAACACCUAGCGUCGAACCAGCGUCAUAUCAGCCCUAUCUGCGUUUUGGCGGGGUAUCCGCGCCUCUCAAUCUAAGAGAUCUACCAACUCGACAUGCCUGCCGCCAUGAAACAACAGCUGCCCAAAGAUGCUUGGACUCCAUCUUCAUGGACAACAAAACCCAUCAAGCAAGAGGUGGUGUACGAAGAUAAGGAAGGCUUGAAAAAGGCCCUGAUUGAGCUUCAGUGUCUACCUCCAUUGGUGACUCCCCAGGAGAUUGUUGAGUUGAAACAAUGCCUGAGAAAAGUAGCCCUUGGGAGGGCUUUUGUUCUUCAGGGGGGUGAUUGUGCGGAACUCUUUGAUUACUGCAAUCAAGCAACAAUUGAGUCGAAGAUCAAAUUGCUUUUGCAGAUGAGUUUGAUUUUGAUCUGGGGUGCAAAUAAACCAGUAGUAAGAAUUGCUCGGAUGGCUGGUCAAUUCGCCAAGCCUCGUUCAAGCACGACUGAAACCGUCAACGGCGUGACCAUGCCUGCAUUCCGUGGUGACAAUAUCAAUGGCUUUAAAGCGGAUCCCGUUUCCCGGAAACCUGAUCCAUCACGCCUAGUUUCUGCGUACUUCCAUUCCGCCGCAACUCUAAAUUAUCUAAGAGCAGCUCUUUCAUCCGGUCUAGCUGAUCUACACUCUCCACUGGACUGGGGACUUGGUCACGUAAUUACGCCGUCGAUAAAAGACAAAUAUGAACAAAUCGUAUCCAGAGUAACAGACUCGCUGCGUUUCAUGAGAACCGUAGGUCUCGACACAGACCGCGGAAUCGAGACCGUGGACAUCUAUACCAGCCACGAAGGCUUAAUGCUGGAAUAUGAGCAGAGUCUCACCAGACUCUGCCGUGAUCCUCCAGAGCCAAGAUCGAAACACACCCUCCCAAUAGGAGGAACCAUUCCCUCCUCCCCCUUCCCAUCAAACAGCCACUACGCGACCUCAGCCCAUUUCCUCUGGAUAGGCGAUCGCACACGCCAACCCGACGGUGCCCAUGUAGAAUUUUUCCGCGGUCUCUCCAACCCCAUCGGCAUCAAAAUCGGCCCAUCAAUGGACCCAGACGAACUCAUCGAGCUCCUCAACAUCGUCAACCCAGACAAGGAAAUUGGCAAAGUAACCCUGAUAUCACGCUACGGGGCAUCGAAAAUCGCCACUUACCUACCUGGACACAUCAAGGCGGUACAGUCCUCGGGUCAUAUGCCUGUCUGGCAAUGCGAUCCCAUGCACGGCAACACACUCACCACGCCGUCGGGUCUCAAAACUCGCCAUUUCAAAGAUAUCUUGUCUGAACUGCGGCAGGCGUUAGAGAUCCAUCGCGCACAGGGCUCGUUUCUGGGCGGUAUGCACCUGGAGCUGACUGGUGAGGCGGUGACGGAGUGUGUCGGUGGUGCGGCGGGCCUGACGGAGGAUGGGUUGCGUGAGCGUUAUACCACUUUCUGCGACCCGAGACUGAAUGAGAAGCAAGCGCUGGAGUUGGCGUUUUUGGUGGCGGGGUUCUAUCGGGACCGGAUGGCCGAGGAUGGUGAUUUGAAUGCGAUGUGAUGAUACCGUUUUGUAUAUGUUUUCCUGGCGGUUUCUAGAGGAAAAAAACGACAUACGUACGGGAACAAAAAGUUUUGUAACUUACCAGUGAAAAGAUAGGAAUGUUCACAUAGAUUGCGAUAGAGUGAAUAUGUGCCUUUAUAAACACAAUUACCAUCCAAGCCCAACCGUCGUACGAAAAUCGACCAAAGGAGAAAGGCGACAGAAAGAAAUUCAAACUCAGUUACCAAAGUUCACGAUCCCCAAGGCCGUAAACUUACAUAAAUACGAGGUUUGAGGGAACGGAAGAAAGUUGCAAGUAAUACCAGGUGGUAUGAUACAUAGUACUAUAACCGUGCCAACACAACACAAGCCCUGACCCACGUGACCCACACACAUAUCCAUAGUUACCGGAAGAACGUAGGGUUAUUACACGACCGGAUUAUGGUUGUUUCAUCAUUUCAAUUGAUGACACAGUCACUGAGCUGUAAAUCAUAGUAUAAUGAUAAAUGAAUGAUAGAAUCACUGUAAAUAAGUUAUAAACUGAAAAAAUCAAUUAUUAUAUUAAUAAUGUCACUGAAUUCAA